AUGCCCGUUUCUCCACCGCCACCGCCGAUUCCUCCGAGUUCCCCUCCUCCGCCGGACUUUAUCGUCCCAUUAUUACCCCCACCGCCCACUCGCCCCAACACGCUUCAACCAAUGCCGCAGACGCAGCCGGUUUGCAUUCGUGUUUCCCCCCGCCGCAAGAGCAUCGGAAUCCUCCUCCUCGGCGUGGUAAUCUUUCUCUGGGUCUUGAGCACCUUCCUUACUUUCGCCAUAUUCUCCGACGGGAGCUAUACCAAGCCAUAUUUCGUGACGUAUGUGAACACGUGCUCAUUCUGCUUCUACUUGCUCCCCGGGGCAUGGCGGGCAUGGUGGGGAAGGUGUGGGGAGAGGGAGAGGAGGAGUGGGGCAUAUUCACGUUUGGGGAAUGUGUCGUUAUCCAGGGGUGGGGAUGGAGAUGGAGUAGUAGCGGUCAGUAAGAGCUUGGUAGUGGAGGGGGAGGAUAUGCUUGGUGAGAGGGAGACUGUAAUAUUGGGUUUGCAAUUUUGCUUGCUUUGGUUUGUUGUAUGCUCCCUCAUAACCCUCCCAUAAGUGUGGCAUCGGAGCGCUAAUGAAUGGGGAGAAGGCAAACUACUUCCAGUCGUACUGCCUGAAAUGGACUUCUGUCGCCAGCGCCACAAUACUUUCCUCAACCAGCAGUAUCUUCACCCUCAUCCUCGGCGCGCUCUUGCGCAUUGAGCGCUUCACCUGGGCAAAAUUCCUAGCUGUCGUGCUAUCACUUGCCGGCGUAUCGCUCAUCUCCUCCGUGGACCAGAGCCACCCCUCUCCAUUAUCUAGAAUGGCUAGUAAGACCCCCGGACAAAUCCUCCUUGGCGAUCUGAUGGCUCUCAUGGGCGCCUUCUCCUACGGCGUGUACACAAUCCUGUUAAAAGUGCGUAUAGGCCACGAAGGCCGCAUAGACAUGACUAGGUUCUUUGGCUUUGUGGGGCUCUUUAACUUUCUCGGGCUAUGGCCCGGCGUCAUUAUACUACAUUACACGGGCGUAGAGAGGUUCGAGGUCCCGCCGGAUGCGAGGAUUUGGUGGAUUGUGAUGGUGCGCUCGGGUUUCCCCCUAAUGCGCUCCCUGCUGACUAUUCCUUGUGGUGGUGGUGGCAGAUCAACGCUGGCAUUACAAUGAUUUCAGACUACUGCUGGGUGUACGCCAUGCUGCUUACCACGCCAUUGAUUGCUACUGUGGGAUUGAGCUUGACGAUUCCGCUCGCUCUCCUGGGCCAAAUGCUUCUGCUGGGGAUUUGGUCGAGUGGGGUGUAUUGGAUUGGUGCCGCACUGGUGUUUUUAGCAUUUUUGUUUGUAAGUCGGGAGAGUGUGGUUGGCGAGGCAGAGGGGGUGGAGGUGGAGGGGGCAGGGUGGGAGAGGUAG